UAUGCAGAAACAAUCCUCAGUUAUGUUUACGAAAGUAUUGUAAUUAAAAUAUUCUGGAAUACUUGCUUUGGAAAACAUCCAGAAACCUUUCAAAUAAUGCAUACAGAAGCCUUUUAGGGAAUGCAUCCAGAAGCCUUUCAGGGAAUGCAUCUUGAAGCAUUUCAAGUAAUGCUUACAAAAGCCUUUCACGGAGUGCUUACAGACGCGUUGCAAGGACGCCCUACUUGUGGAACACCUUCCACUCGAAAAAGAGUUAUGAAAGAACGUGUUCCGGAAUAAUUCUGGGUACCUAAACUGCACCUUUACUUCUAUAUCUUUUUGUAAUAUGUAAGGUCCAAAUUUAUGGGAUAGUGUGCUCUGGAAGAACCGUAUUUUCUCAACCUAAAAAUCAAACAAUCAAUCAAUCAAUGCUGUUCUUUCAAAACUUCAAAGUCUCAGGGAAUUGGAUCAAAAUCGAUUAUUGAGUUAGGAGGGCCUUUACGACAAGUUCAACGUUCCAUUAAAGUUGGAAAACAGCCCAAUUACAGAAUGAAUGAGCGCGAAUGGUCAAGACGUAAGAUCACAAAUAAACAGGAGUCUGGUGACAAUAAGGCUCACGCUUUUAAGCGUUUAUUAGCAAUGCGGAACUAUAAAUUCGGCAAGGGCAAAUGUUCCGAAGACUGUGCAGGGAAGACUAAGGCUAGUAAUUAUUGCAAGGCACAAAAGCGGAAGGAGGUAAAUAUCAUGGGUAUAGAGACUUGUUCCGGAGACUACUCGCCACACAGUGAGUGGGAGAAUGUAUCCCAAAACGUUCCGCCAGAGAAAUUUGAAAAUGAAGUAUUCGACCGGGAACAGCUAAGUGGAGCAGUCAUAAAACGAAACGACAUGGAGAAUUUACUAAAUAAAUCUAUUUUCUCGGAGACUGUAACCGGAUCCUUUGUGCGGCUAUGUGUUGGAAAAAUCUACUGCAUCUACGAAAUUAUUGAUUUAAAUCAGGACAGAAAGGAUUACCAAGUAGGCAGUAAGCACACCAAUCUGCUCCUGACAUUGAGGUGCGGUUCCGAAAAGCGUUUCUCGCGUAUAGACGUGGUUUCGAAUCAGCCAAUUACACAAAAGGAAUUCUUAUUGUGGCUGGCAACCAAUCUGCGCGAUCGACACAUUUUGCCAAAACUUUCUGACAUUGCUAAAAAGCAGAUGCAGAUAAAAGAGGCCUGUAAAUACAAUUUCCCUGAAGCUGAUGUGGAGAAACAUAUUCAAACCAAAAGGAAAGCUGGUCUAAAGCAGAAUGCCGUUUACAGAAAAAUUUGUCUAAUCUUAGAACGGGAAAUGGCAGCGGGUAAAGACGAUGUGGGAAAAGUGCAAGCGUUGGAAAAGGAAAUCCAAGAGAUCGAUAAGGAACACAGAGCCCAUAUCGAUAAUUCUGGCCAGCAUCGGUAUCCCGUACUUAGUUUUUCACGCGUGGUUCAAAAGCAUACCAUUUACCGGGACGAGUUAGGUGUGGUUCCCAGAGGAAAAAGUUCCUUUGGUAGGGGAACCGCGAAUCCUGAUCAACUUAAUCUGGAGCAGUAUAUGCGUCGAAAAUAUAAAAAAAGUGUUGUCGUCAGUCGCAGUCGACUUAAUGAAAAAUUAGAUGAUCAGGAGAAGGGUUUUUCAACUACGAUACUCGAAAUUCCUAUCGAAAAAGAAAAGAAAGAGGGUGAGGCUGAGACAGAGAGAACGAGAGAGAAAGAUCUCCAUUUGCAAAAGUUUAAUGCGUUUAAAAUUGAAUUAGAUACGACAGGAUUAAUUCCUUUCAAUGAAAUCUUCACAAAUGUGAAGUUUGAUAGCCCUUGGGAUGAGAUAAUGAAAGGCUACUAAGGAUUUCAAACCACUACCGCUACGAGAAUGCUUACAAUGCAACAAAUGGAUCAAAUCUUAUAAAAUAUAAUAAUUGUCGUGCGAUUACACUUAAGUAUUUAAGUUAAUGUUUAAUAUUAAUAUUGAAAGUCGCAGUUGUGAAAUAAAAGGACCAUCGUACUUAACUAUUA